GCAUUUACGGUUCUUGCAUUGAGUUGGGGACGGUCGCACGCUAACUGUUGCCUCCAGCAGCUCAAUUGAAAGUUUAAAACAAUUUGAAAUAUAGUAAAAUAGUUAUUUAAUUUAAAUUCAAUUAACAAAAUUUCAUAAAUGUGCAGUGUUAUAGCAUAAGUGUAUCAGUUUGACAAUUGCUGAAUUUAACACAGUGAAAAAAAAUAAAAUUGUUAGAAAGUGACGACUUUAGUGAAAUCAGAUCAAAUCUCUUGUGCGUCUUCUACGAAUUUUGCCAUUGGUUUUGCUGGUAUCACGGUCGCCAACACGCGCCACCGCCACCGCUAAUCUUGUGAAGCGCUCAUACAUUGCAAGUAGCAGUAAUUUUGCAGCAGCAAGUAGUAGUUGCAAUAGCAACAGCAGCAACAGCAAUAAAAUGCCAGAGAAACGCAUAGCGCCAGUGAUUUCUUCUUUGGAGGAUUUCGAAUGUAAAUUGCCGGGUUAUUUAAAUGAGAAAACAAAACUCGCACUACUACUGGACUACGAUGGCACACUGGCCGCCAUUGCCGACAAUCCAAAGAACACAUUCAUGAAUGUGGAUAUGGAAAAGCUGUUGAAUCGUUUAGCGCUACACCCACAAAUCUUUUUGUCCAUUAUCUCUGGACGUGGACUACGCGAUGUACAAUCACGCGUCGGUAUCAAAGGCAUCACUUACGCGGGCAAUCACGGCUUGGAAAUUGAGAGUGGCAAUGGUACGCGUCACGAUUAUGCGCUCCCCACUGAGCUGCAGAAACACUAUGCGCCAAUGGUGAAAGAACUGAUGGAUAAUGUGCAGAAGAACGGUGCUUGGAUUGAAGAUAAGAAAGUCUCGUUGACCUAUCACUAUCGUGACGUACCCGCCGACAUCUCUGAGGAGCAGAAGCAAUUGGCCAUACGGAUAGUUGAGAAGCAUGGUUUUCGUGCGAAUCAAGCGCAUGAAGCGAUUGAGGCAAAGCCGCCAGUGAAUUGGAAUAAAGGAGAAGCGGCGCUGCUCAUAUUGAAGGACCGUUUCGGCGACAAUUGGGCUGAUCAAAUUAAAGUGAUAUUCGCCGGCGAUGACAACACCGAUGAGGAUGCCAUGCGGUUACUGCAAGGUGCCAGCAAAUCAUUCCGUGUCUCGGUAGAUCCUGAAAUCCAGACCUACGCCGACUUCCGUUUAGCGCGGCAGGAUGUCGUGGAGGACUUGCUGAAAUGGAUAAGAAAUACUUAUACCGAUUAGUUUCUAGUCCAGUUUGCGAAAUUACUGUAGUUUAUUAGAAAAUCUAUAAAUAUUAAGACUAUAAGCUUAUCAAAAUUGUGGGCUGAUAAUUUUUGAUAUAGUGAAUACAUACAAGUAUAGUAUAUAAGUGCUAUUUAGGUUAUUUAGAUUUAUACAAAUUGAUAUUUUUGUUAAAAUAAAAAACCAAAUAUAUAUCAUUGGUAAUAAAUUACAUAAAAAAUUAUAAAAAA